AUGGUACUCUUCAUCAGCAAUAACAUUCAUGGAUGCAGCACCGUGGCUUGUCACGUCACACUGUCACAUGAGCACAUUGCACAGGCAUUGCAGUUGGGUGGGUUUUGGGGUGCCAUGGAGAAAUGGCUUAAGGGAAUGGAGAAGGAGGUGGAUGUGGUGGUUAAAGAUACCUGGGUUGAUCUUACUGCACCUCACACAGAGGGCAUGAUUCUCAAUUACCUUCAACUCAAAGGCAUCCAGGGUGUUACGUGUUUACUCUUUGAGGGACUUGUUGCUGGCCCUGCCUCACCACCUCCACUCUUCCAAAUUCAUGAUCGUCCUGGCAUCGGUUCCUUGAAGGAUAUCAGCACAAUAUCCCAGACUGGUGACAUCAACGUGUGGAGUAGCACUGUUUACAACCGCUCUUUUUGGGGUGUUCCAACACCAGCCUUGGCACACAAGAGCAUGGCUAGGAGCGUCAACAAAUAUGACCGCCACCAUCCUGUGCCUGAAGGCGUCACGGUACAAAAGCUGGAACCUGUGACACGCGAAGUUUACCAGGAGCAGAUGCUCACCCGAUCUUGGUUGCAUCCAUUUUGCGCACCCAUAUAUGAGUUCAGCUGUGUCUAUGAGGCAUUAGUUGCUAUUUCGGAUUGCAUUCGAUCCCAUGGCCAGGCGUUUUUUCCCUACCUCAUCUCAGAGGGAGGCAAUGAGACCGAUGAAUUAUUUCCCAUCUCCUUUAUGCAAGCUGACACUUCCAUGUGGAAUAUGGGACUUGUUCAUCCAGCGAUGUCAGACUGGGGUUGCAUUAAUCAUAUAGGACUUGAUCCAAGCAAUAUCCAAUGUGGCCUGCUGUAUGGUCAUGUGUUUGCCUCCUGGAAUACGCGAAGCACGUCUAUGAGAGGAAGCCCCCCAUCAAAGAUCUUUGACAAGCAUGCUGGCACCACUUCAACUUCAAUGCUGUCCUCCCAACAUGAAGCCCUUAACUUGGAUGAUUCUCUUGUUCACCAUCCUCAUCAUUCUCCUGCUCAUGUUCCUGUCUAUAAUACUUCUGCCUCUAGUACUUCUACUAACACUUCUGCCGCUCGUACCUCCAAUCCUUCACCUUCUUGUGCGCCAGUUGCACCCACAAACGUCUCCCCUGUCCUACAUUUGGACACACCUUCAACGUCAAUAAUCCCUUCCGCACCUUCAACUUCUGCAAUCCCUUCUCAACCAGCGUCAACUGCACCUUCACGUGGAAGACAUGUGACGAGUAAAGGUAAAGGCAAGCAAGGAGGACAAAAGGGUACAGAUGGGAGAAAAAGUACCCCUGGUGCUGUCAAUGCCCCUCCCAAUUCCUCUGCUGCUACAUGCAAGCACGGUUUUGAUAGCGUUUUUCAAGGCAAACCGCCUGAUGGUCCAUCCAAACGACAGGCUCCCCUUUAUCAUAUACUGAAGGUGAACAUCAAGCCCAAGCAUGUUGUCCAAAGUCUUCAAGUCGACAUUGCUGGCUACGGCUCUUUGAAUAUCGACAAUGAUCUGGAACAAUUUAAGGAAAAGGGUGGCAUUUACAAGCUGACAAAAGUUCCACACCCCAAUACAGCCAGCGGAGGGGAGAUGUGGGUCCAUUGUUGGCUUGAGAACACCAUAGAGAAGGAGAUCUGGCAUGAAGCCAUAGAAAAACAACACUAUCUGGCUACUGAUGCAGGGUUCGCUAUGGUGGACGGAGUUUUGGGUAAUGACUGUGCAAAUGAGCCUGUCCAGAUGAUGUUGAAGGAGAUGAGGACAAUCCUAUUUGUUGAAAGCCGACCAAGCCACUCCUGCAUGCUCGAAGUCAUCAACACUGCACUCUUCAAGAUCCGUACUGAUUGUACACUAACCCAUCUCUGCCAGCCUCAACAGAUGACAAAUGAGUGGGCCAGGGCAGUUGGUGGUGGCGGAUUUGUCAAACACUCACAGAUGCUCCCUGCCUUGCAGAUGAAUUUGUUGUAUCACAAGGAUUGUCAAGAUGCCGAACUCAAUCUCUUUGCUUGCAUGCCCUGUCCCCCAGUGCAAGAACACAAGCUCACACCCGGUAACUCAUCACAGUACCUGAAAGGUACCGGUGGAAAGACAGCAGAUCACAUUAAUGUAAUGGCCGCUCCUGUGGUGCUGAAGGAACUUCGGAAGGAAUGGGCACCUUAG